AUGGUGCAGGCGCCGAUGUUAUCAUGUCCGCUCAAGCAGACACAAGAGAUAGACUGGGUCACCCCGUUGAAGAAUUAUAUCCGUACCUCGUAUGGAGAUGACCCUGAGAAGUACUCUGAAGAGACGGCAACCCUCAACAGGCUCAGGCAGGACAUGAGAGGGGCAGGAAAUGACUCGGCAUCGGGGAGAGACCUGCUCUACAGAUAUUACGGACAACUCGAGCUGUUGGACCUGCGCUUCCCCGUUGACGAGAACCACAUCAAGAUCUCUUUCACCUGGUACGAUGCCUUCACGCAUACCACAACCUCCCAAUACUCGCUUGCUUUUGAGAAGGCCUCCGUCAUCUUCAACAUAUCAGCUGUUCUAUCUUGCCAUGCAGCCGCGCAAAACCGGUCGGAGGACAAAGAUCUUAAGACUGCCUAUCACUCAUUCCAGGCGUCCGCAGGCAUGUUCACUUAUAUCAACGAAAAUUUCCUGCAUGCGCCGUCCACCGACCUCAAUAGGGAUACUGUCAAGACACUGAUAAAUAUCAUGUUGGGUCAAGCCCAGGAAGUCUUUCUAGAGAAACAAGUUCGCGAUGCAAAAAAGCCGGCUCUGUUAGCAAAGCUUUCUGCACAGGCUCAAUUCCUCUUCGGUCAGGCCAAGGAAGGACUCGAAGCAGAAAGUGUCCGUGGUGUGUUCGACUAUACGUGGUUGAAGUUCAUUCAGAUCAAGGCUCUACAUCUAUCAUCCUUGGCCGAAUACUACCAGGCACUAACAGAAGACGAGACCAAUCUCCACGGCUCCGCAAUUGCUCGAUUACAAGUCGCUGAGAAGGCGAGCAAGCAGGCGCUUUCGUACGCCAAAGCCUUCCCUUCAACCCCUUCAACGUCAUCACAAUUGGGUGCGGAUACUGCCACAACCCUGCAGGGAAUCACGCGAAGACAGCUAGAAACGGUACAGGAAAAGUUGUCAUCUCUAGUCAAAGACAACGAUUUCAUCUACCACCAGACAGUACCGGCAGAAGCUUCAUUGUCGCCCGUUACAAAAGUCCCAGCAGCCAAAGCGAUUCCACUCUCGGAAUUAUAUCAGGGACAAGAUAUACAAAGAAUCAUUGGGCCAGACCUUUUUCAGAAGAUCGUGCCUAUGUCGGUAACAGAGUCGGCCAGCAUGUACGACGAGGAAAAGGCCAAAUUAAUCCGAUCAGAAGCUGAAAAGGUAGAGCAAGCAAAUGGGGAAAUGGCUGCAAGCUUGGACUAUCUCAAGCUUCCGGACAGCUUGAAUAUCCUGAAAGGCGGGUUGGAUCAAGAAAUGGGCAUCGACAAAGAGUUUGAACGCUGGUGUCAGGAGGUCUCGCAGCAGCAGCCUUUUAACAGUGCUUUUGAGCAUCUCCAUAGAGACAAGCAAAUGGUCCUGGAUAGUCUUUCCAAGAGCACGAAACAGCUCGACAUGGAGGAGGGCGUUUGCGAGAAGAUGAGGUCAAAAUAUGGAGGUGAAUGGACACAGCAGCCCAGUUCCAGACUGACCUCGACGCUGAGAGCCGAUAUCAGAAGCUACCGCGACACGAUUGAUGAGGCCGGCUCAAGUGACUCGCAAUUAUUCGCCACGGCUCGGCAGUACGAGAGUGAUUUUGAGGAGAUGAGAAGAGCGGCGGAGCAGGGUGAAGUCGAUGUACUCUACCAACAAGCUUUGAUCAAAGCCGGGAGUUCAUCCAAGGGCAAAGGCAAAGAAUCCCAGGAAGGCUCUCUGCUCGAUGAGGAUUACGGUGAAGGCGGCCCGUCGGUCGCAGAACAGAUUGCGAAGGUGGAAGAUCUCUUGCGGAAACUCAGUCUGGUAAAGCGUGAGAGAAUGCAGGUCCUAAAAGAUCUCAAAGAGAAAGUUCAUACGGACGACAUCUCGAAUGUUCUCAUUCUGAACAAGAAAGCGAUAGCGAACCAGGAAACUCAACUGUUCCAGGCUGAAUUGGAAAAGUUCCGCUCUCACCAAAACCGCCUGAUCUCGACUGUACACAAGCAAUCUUCUCUCCUAAAGGAUCUGACGAAGAGCUACGGUGAUCUCUUGCAGGACAAGAGAGUUCGUUCGGACCAGCAGAAAUACGAUGUAAUACAGAAGAGCAGAAACAGCGUCCUCAGUAGGUACCGCAGGGUGUUCAAUGCUCACGAGGACCUCAUACAGGGACUUGUACGAGCUCAGAGCUUCUACAAGGAAAUGAAGGACAGUGUCGACAGUUUGGAGAAGAAUGUUGAAUCUUUCGUCAGCAAUCGAAGGGCCGAAGGUGCCCAGCUACUUCACCAGAUUGAGCAGACCAAGAACAGUUCAGCCAGUGGUCAGGCAGCUGCCGAACAGAGGCGUAUGCAAGAGUUGAUGAACAGGUUGUCCAUGGAGCCAAAGUCAGCCUCACCAUCGCAAACAGAAGCUCCUGCGCUGCCUCCAUUACCGUCUUUGAACGCAUCCAGAUCCUCAGCAGCCAUUUCACCGUCGUAUCCUACGCCCAAUGCAGAUCCUCGCUUUACCAUCCCCCCUCGACAUUCACCUGCGCCCGUCGUACCCAACGGUUACUCGAGCCAACCUCAGCCACCUGCAAAGCCUUCGAACCCAUCACCUAUUGACUCUCAGCAUGCAUUUGCCCAAGGUGCGGCAACACCCCUUUCGACUGGCUACAAUCCGAUGGCCUAUCCUGAGCGGUCAACUACCUCUACAGGUCAGCACCCACCAACCCAGCAGUCAUAUGGCUAUUCACCAGUGACUUCCCCGCCUGUGGGCUCGCUGAACACAUACAUUUCUCCUCAGUCGCAACAUCCUCCGCCGCAAUCUCAUACUCCUAUUCAGACGAUGAAUUUCAAUGCUCCGGGCGGGCACCAAUAUCCGCAACACCCCCAAUUCAACUAUCCUCCACAAACGAACACACCAGGUAUCCCUUACCAGUCGCCUUCACCGCAUCCACAAAUGCCUCAACCGCAAUCACAUUAUCAGAACUACCAACCUUCACCUUACAACAUACCGCAGAAUUACGUUCCUCCUCCACCGCCCCCAGGACCACCUGGCGGAGGAUCGAGCACACAGUACCCUCCGAAUCCCUCGGGGGCAUGGCCCAGCGGACCUGGGGGCUAUGCAAGCUACUCGCAGCCGACUCGAUAUCCUCAACAACAGCAAGCACCACCACCACAAGGUCAUCAGCCGCCGCAAGGUCAGGGUGGGGGUCAAGAGCCGGAUCCUUGGGCAGGACUCAGUGCUUGGAAGUAA